AGCAACAACAAUAAUCAUCGGCACGCACAGCGCAGCAUACAGCAUCAUCAUCAGCAGGCCACCACGCAUGAGACGAGGUUUCGCUCGUUGUUGUUGUUGUUGUUUGUUGGUGUCGCUGCUGGUGUGUCAUCAUUAUCAUCGCGGCGUAUCACGGAACUUAUCGUACGCUAGCCAAAAUGUGAACAUUAAUACGGGCAAAUAUGCUCCGUAUAGUGCAUACGGAUAUUGACUAACGAAAACCAGUGAGUGAGGGAGGUCAAGAGUGCAAAGAGACUACACGCACGAGGAUUAGAUACUUCUCUAGUGCAAACCCAAUUGCACAACUACAGUGCUCGACUGAACGCGAGUGUGCAUCGUGAUGCAAACGUUUGUUCUCCAAUCAAGGAUUAAAAUUAGUACCUGCGAAAGCUACAGGACAUUAAGCUACUGAUUGCAAGUACCUCAUUGUUGUCGCUACGAGUGAUUUAUAUGGCACUGUGCACCAGGAUUAACAUGCCAAUCACUCUCAUCGGCAGCAUCACUGUUUGGUACAAUACAUUAUUGGAUUUAUACACAGUUCCAGCACUACGACAGAUUUUCCUUUACGCAAGGUCGUAACCCUUCAGAUAGACGCUUUGUCAUUUUGAGCGGGUUUAAACACCAUUAGUGCCACCGCGCGGUAUAGGAACCGUUCUAAAAGGAAGCAGUCGACGAGUACAGCACAUCCACGGUGGCUGCUGACCGUUCAAUCGCCCCGUUCUCUUCGUGCCUAAGAUGGCAACGAGAGAAAAAAAGGCUAGAUCAUUAACAUCAGAUUCACCUACACCAUUCCUACUGGGCAGCACAAGCAGUGGCAGCAACAGUAACCUUACCGCAACGACAUCUACCUCCACCAUUUCCCCGAGCUCCGCAGGAAACGGCACAACGGGCAACACAUUAAUCCUCGCGGAGACCGCUGCUGGUAGUACCGCCGCCAGUGGAGGCAAUAACAACAGUGGCGCCAGUGGUAGCGCAUCUGCUCCAACCACGCCAACAUCGAGCCGCAAAGGAACCAUCACUAGCGUUCACGGUGGCAGUAACAGCAGCAUUGCGAGUGCUGGUACCACAACUAGCGGUAGUAACACAUCAUCCAACACACGGGCAUCUUUGAGCCGGCACAAAUCGAAACAGCAGCUGCUAUCAUCAAACACCGGUGACGAGACUGGUGUGACGGGAGAGGAGCCGUUAGUAACGGGCGAAAGUUCGUCGCUCGUCACUGCAAGUCCCUUAUCCUCUACGCGCACGACGAGGGGUGGUGCGUCUCGAGAGCUGGAAACGUCUCCAGUAUCGGCCACUGCCGUAGGAUCAACUUCUACCAGCAAUACCUCGUCCAGUAACAGCGAUGUUAGCGCCAACUGCACCAGCAAGGAUCGCGAUGAUAUGAUGCCAUCGCCAUCGUGGUCAUCAUCAUCGUCUAAGGAUCGCACCAAAUCACCGGCAGUUGGAGCACGGCGGGCAGCGGCCGCCACUAAAGUUGCCACAACUAGCAGUACUACUACCUCCUCAUCCUCUACUUCGGUGGUGGUGACCUCCACUAUCUCGACACGAGCCGAUCGUCGGCAUCAAGUUAAGGGAAGCCUGAAGCGAGCCGCGCUUCUCAAACGUAAAGCAGGAAGAAAGAUCAUCGGAAAGCCGGUGCUCGGGAAGAAGGGUGUCGUGCGGCGUAAAUUGGCCGUCGCCGUGAAGACUACUAGAGCCGCAUCCGCAGCAGCCGCUGCCGCAGAGAUCGAGAAGGAUAGCAAAUCCGCCAAGGACCAAGAGAUGAUUGAACGUACGACACCGAGCCUGCGGAACGGGAAGCCUCGUACCUCGGACAGCCCGGUGCCGAAGCGGAGAGCCGCACAGAAAUCACCGGACAAUAGCUGGCCCACUAGCCCCUCGGUUAAAAUCGAGCGUCGUCGAUCGGUGUGCGUGUCCAAACUGGCUGAGCUAGAUGAAGAAUCAGAACGGCAGACCGAUACGGACAUGAAAACGAAAUCUUUCGUACUUGACAAAAUGUCUGAGGCUUUCAACGAACGGAAGGCUCCGGGAGGAGGCAGUAUAUCGCCCGCCAUCAGCGAGCGUGGAAGUAGUGGCAGCACUUUGCGCCGAAGCACGCGCCAACGCAAGAGUACGGCCCGGGAUAAGGAGGAAUUUUUGUCACCGCGCCUCAAGGGAGCUGGUAGCUGCAGUGCGAUGGACAUCAAGAUGGAGCUAGUCGAUCAGUGUGAUGCCGGAGAGGAGGAGAUCGCUGUAGCGAUCGAACCAGAUUCGAUCUCAACAUCAGUAGCAACAACUGCAGCAGCGGCCCCGCUUACGAUCGACACCACUGUAGUGAUCGAUGACGACUCGAUAAAGGAUGGUCCGCGUAGUGACGGCACUGUCAGUAUUGCCAGUACCAGUGGCACUGGUGAUGUGGCAGUGGUGGUGUUGACCGAGGCGGCAGCUUCGACGGGCGAGCUGGUCGUCGAGAAGGAUAAUUCCUCUUCGCUCAGCCCAGAGCUGGUUAGUGAAGGGGUAUCGGAGCUGAGCGUGAAGGAAUGCUACGGGGAACCGGCCUUUCUCGAGAACAAUCUCGGCAUCGAGAAGGAUCCGAAGUUGGGCGAAAUCGUGCAGGAACGGUUCCGGUGCGACAAGGUUAGUGGGGAGGAUGUUGAUGCGAAUGCUAGUGCUGUUGUUGCUUGUGAAGAACUCGUAAAGGUGAAAGAGGAGGCAAAGGAGGAGCAAGAGGAGAAGGACCAAGUGCCAAGUGCUGCUACCAGUGGUGGUGGGGACAGUGGUGAUGGUGAUCGGGAUGAUGUUGCUGGUGUGGAUGGUGAUGGUAGUGUUGAUGAUAAGCAGCAAGCCACUGCUGUCAAUGAUAAAGCAAUUGAGUCCAAAAAUGAAAAAGUAACAGACGAGGACCAGGACGUUGUAUUGGUAGUUAAAAAGGAGUUAGAACCAGAGAAGGAGAUUGAGUUGAACGAUGUAGUGGAGGUGCAAGAAGACACUUCGCAAUAUGAUGAACCAAUGAUCGUCGAUCAGCCAGUUGUGUGUGAAAAAGAGGACCAAAGCGACAAACCAGAGAAGUCUGAAUGCUCUGUUCCAUUGGUGGAAGAGCAAAAGCAACCAAUCGAUGAGGAAAUGCCUGAAGUAAUAACCAUUGAGGAUAAGGAAACCGAACUGAAUGGUGCAGCGGGCGAAACACAGGUUACAGUUACAAAUGAUGAAGCAAGUCAAGUUGAGAAGCAAUCAACCGCUGUAUCGGUGAUUCCAUCGUUAGAAUUGCAAACCGAUGUAGUCGUCAUCGAUGAUGCAGAGGAGGAAGAAGGGAAACUAACAGGCAAGAAAUUGUCGCAAACACAGGUUGAUUACAAAGAGACUACCUCCGAUGGAGACAAGCCAUCUGAUUCCUUGCCAAAUGUCGUGGACAUCGGUUCAAACAAAAGUGGCGACAAACGUGCUUCCGUUUCACCGAGUACGAUCGAGGGUGCAAAGAUAAAUGGCGAAAGCGGUGAGAGUGAUGCUACGGAUAGUGACAAACAGUUGAGCAACCAGCAGCUCCAAGUGGGAGCACAAAAGCAAGCAACAUCACCAAAGCAAAGUUCCCCAGCAGGAACGAACUUGGGUGGUAGCCGUGCGACCACACCAAAACCCAGCAAAACAUCCUCAUCGUCAUCUACGACUGGUAGCAGUAGCAAGGAAUCGAAAACGAAAACUCGCACCACAAAGGAGAAAACGAAAGAGGACGAAAAGACACGUGAGGAAAAGCUGCGCCAGGAAAAGCUUCGCGUGGAAGAGAAGGUGCGUGAGGAGAAGCUGCGAGCCGAGCGAUUGCUGCAGCAAGCGGCUGAACAACGAUUGAAGGAAGGUUUGCAGAAAAAUAUGAAGGAGAUGCCGAAGGGAGCGGUAGAGAAUGGCAUGGAGGAAGACGAACCGGCACCGCACGCAAGCAAUCCGCCAAGUCCCAAGCAGUCCGAUGAAACGGCCAAAAAGACUGAAUCCACCACUGCCGCCGAAAGUGCCGUAAAGAUGAUCUCGAUCGGUUCCCUCAGCUUACCCGCCAUAACACUUCUCAAGAAGAACAAUGGAGUCGCUUCCACAGCAUCUGACGCUAGCAGUUCAGGUGACUCUUCGGCUGCAACCGCGGCCGAGGUCGAAGCAGUCUCGGCGAAAUCGAAUCGAUCCCGAUCGUCAUCCCGGUCGUCUCCAUCAUAUUUCGGCCGGACUUCAAAAGAAGAGAAACCGCCGAACAAGCAACAAGCAGAAUCACCGGUACCGUUCGCUGCCGUAAGUGAAACUGUCGGCACCGCAAAGGCCCGUGAGACCAGUAGCAGCAGCAACAAGUUGGAGGCUUCGGCAACUCCAUCGUUAAGCAUAGUCAAAAUUGAAAAGAACGAAGACGGUGAUGACCAGCAGCAGGGUAAGGAAGAGCAGAAACUGAAAGACAUUGUCCUGCCUGCAGUGCUGCUCGAUGAAUCCGAUGAUGCGGCGAAACUGAAGGAAUCCCACCUGAAGCACCUCGGACUGUUGACACUUCAGGCCGCGUCCGAGGAGAAGCAACGUCUUGCGGACCUAAAACCGGCAACUCCUCUGAACGCGGGUGAUAUGCUGCGAGACGAUGCUGCCGCUGGUGGUGCCAGUGGGAGCGGUGAAGGUUGGCUAGCGGAUCCUAUCAGCAAGUCGACCGGUGGCGCCGCUACGGGCAGCAACAGUAGUACCGCCGGUGGUCGUGGUGGCAAUAAAUCAACGCGCAGCUCCAAGGAUGAGUAUACCGUUUCAAUGAAAACGGUACAACAGAAGGGUGGCUCGGGUAGCGGGCGUGGGAGUGAGAAACGCAAACAGCAGCGGAUGCCACUGAAGAUGACGUUCCAGAAGGGCAAGGGUAAGGGCAAUGGACGUGACUCGUCCUCUAAUGGGUCGACAGGGGUGUCAAGCAAUGGAGGCGGCGUCAGCGGUAGUGGCCCUGGAUCUGCUGCUAGCGGUUAUGCCACAGACAGUGGCACCAACAACGGUGGUGACUACUACACGAUCCACAGUAACGAGGCUGAUCAUCAUUCGUCCAAUUCCUCUGACGGACAUGGACACCGGGAGAGCGGUGGUGCUGGUGGCAGGAAAACACAUAGUCGAUCUCACACCACAGAUGGUGUGAACCUAGCGGAAACGAUCGGCGAGCCGCCUUCCACGAAGGAGAUACAGAAGGCGCUGGUCAUACCGGAGAAAGCUUCCUCGUUCAAGGUUCACCCAGAUCGAUUGUGUCAGGAUCAGUGCUUCUACUGUGGUGGCAAAUUCGGACUGUACGACACACCGUGCCACAUUGCUGCCAUCAAGUCCGCCGACCGACAGCAGAAAAUUUUGCUAGCCGAAUCAAAAAUCACCCUCGAUAGUUGCCUUUGCGACGCUUGCUUCCGGCAUGUCGAUCGUAAAGCGAACUGUCCCUCGCAGAAAAAGAAGGUCACUUCGACCGUUACCAGCAACGAUGGAACAUCAUCGGCAAGCACAGUCACCACGACUACCACCACCAAGACGUCGCAGCAGCAAUCAAUUGUCACACCGAUAGUGAUCAAAAUGACCACCAACAAGGAUGGUUUAACGAGUAUCGCUGGCCAGCAGCAGCAGCAGCAGCAACAGCCGGGCGCAGUCGGCGAGCCAACGCAUCACGGUGUGAAUAAGGUGCGUGAGAUCUGUGCCGUGCGUCACUGUACGGCUAAUGCGAUGCAGUCCCUCCGGCGCCGCUGGGUGAUGAAGAUGAAGCGCAAAAUUGGCAAACAUCUGGACAUCAAUCUCGAGCAUACACCGAAGCAGGGCAACGCGGAUUACGUCUCCAUCUGCAACAAGCACUACGAGCAAAUUGACCACCUGAUGAUUUGCGCCAUGUGUAUGAGGCAGUUGCAGCGGAACCAAGUGUACCACAUGUUCAAUAAUAUUCCACAAUUAGAGCGCCUGAUCCAGGAGCAGGGCAUACCAGGCGUGAGGCUGAGCAGCUCGGAGCUGGUCGUUUGUAAAAUAUGUAGAUAUUAUGCUAAUUUAUUGCUUAAGCCAUCGUCGGAUGUAAACUCGCAAAAGUCUCAAUUUAUUGCGAACUACAGUCGAAGAUUGUACAAUGCUCGGCAUAGGAACAACGAGCACGAGGAGGUGAUGAUACAAGCGGUGGACCCUGCAUCGGUCGUCUCUUGCCGGCAAUCUUCAUCGACCGCCGACAUUGUCAUCUCAGAUGGCGACGAAGAGGAAGCAGACGAGGAGGGCGAAGAAGCAGAGGAAGAAGAAGUGUAUCCCGAUGCUGCCACCUUGGCACUGCAGCAGCAGCAGCAGCAACAACAACAGCAAUCGUUCCAAUCCGUAUCGGAGCUGUUUUCUAUCGGUGACAACUCAGUUUCGUUGCGUCGCCGUGCGAAUGUACGAAAAUCACCGGAAGUGAGCAUUGUCGAGAACAAUGGCGCAGUCGUGGCGGCCGCCAUGGGUGACCUUGGUGAAAUCUCCAUUCUACCGGCGACGAAACCGUUCACCGCCAGUACGACCACUCAACAGCAAGUACGGGAAGAUGAUAACAUCGACAUGACGAAGGUGUUGAAAUCGAAUCCAAACAUUUCGAUGCGCGAGCUGUUCCCGGGCGAGGAAGACCUGGGCAUCCAUGUGAACAUUCCUUUCAGCUCGGCUAGUAUGCGGACGCCUGAAGGCUGGAGCAAGGUGACCACGACCGUACAGUACGACGACAGUACCCGUGCACUGUGGGAAGAGCUGCAGGAACCCUACGGCAAUCAGUCCAGCUUCCUGCGGCACCUGCUGCUGCUGGAGAAAUAUUUCCGCAACGGCGAGCUAGUGCUGUCGUCGCAGGCAAAAACUAACGCGACGAGUUACGCCGAAGCGAUGCAGAGCCGGUUGCGGUCCUACGAUAAUAAACCCUCCGCGUCCUCGUCACCACCUGCGCUAGCCUCACUAUCGCCAUCGACGACCUCACACGUGCUACCAACGGGCGGGGGACAGCUAGAAAAGGCGAAUAACAUUUUGCAACAGUUUAGCAACUCGACCAUCACCAUUGUGCCGACUUCACGGGUUCGUGGUGGAUCCAAAUCCGCAUCCGUUGCCGGUACAACCGGACAAUCCACAAACAGUCCUGGUGGACUAACGGUUACCCCACAACCGCAGCAGCAGCAGCAGCAGCAGCAGCAGCAGCAGCAGCAGCAGCAGCACCUUCUUUCUGAAGCUGCUUCACCGCCUGCUUCGACACCAGCAGCACCAGUCAGUUUACUCAAAUCAAACAACCUGCACCUGGCCAACAAUAGUCAGCAGCAGGAUCAGACGAUGGGCAGUAAUUUGAAGCGUAAAAUAUCUAUCGAUGGUGGCACCAAGCCCUCGGUAGUACCUGUAGCCAGCUCAUCGCCACACACGUCAGCAGGCGCAUCGAAGGUGGCCAAACUGGACGAUCCGAAAGGGACACCGGCUACUUCGAUGCCUCCGGAAUUGAUCUGUCUCAACAGAAAGCCUAGUGUAACGAUCACUACCAUACCAGCGUCGCGGCCAGCGUCGAAUACCCAACCACAGCAACAACAAUCGUUGCUGCAGCAACAGCAUCAAACCUCUCCACCAUCACUGCAACAGGAGCAGCAGCAGUCGGUAAACCAAUCACCGCCAGACAAUGUAGCAGCGACUGCUACCGGAACGGCAAAUCGAGAAAUUAUCCACAUGCCCGACAAACUAACGGAAGCAGAGCGACGUGAAUCGUCUCGCACCUGGCGUCCGACACUGCUCGCCAUUGUACCGGGUGUAACGGAGAGUUUGAAGACGGAGCCACUCUACAAGACGGCGGACGGACGGUUGCUACCUCGGUUGGUGCAGGUCAUGUCAGGUGGUAAACAGUACCACAUUUCAAUCAACGAUUACAACCGCAUGUGCAUUCUGCGACGCGAGAAACUGAUUCAGCAGCAGCUGUUAUCGGGCAACAAGCGAGUACCACCGGGGGUAGGACCACAGCAACAGCAACAGACAACCCCAAACAAAGGGUCACACACAUCAUCGCCUGUUGCUUCGUCUCCACCGUCAGUAUCACCGGCGUCUGCCGCCGGUAACACCAUUCCUAACCUGCGUCUAUCGGUCUCAUCCGAUUGUAGCUUCACUGGUGGACCAAAGAUGGUACAGAUUCCGAAUCAAAUUCUCGAGCAAAAUUCUCUUAUCCCGCUUUCAACGGCCGGAACGGCCACAACCGCUAGCUUCUCCUCCGCUAGCGGGAGUAGCGCGAAGCCGUACGGGGGAUCUACGAACUCGAGCGGUGGCUCGGUAAGCGCAAAGAAAAGCAUCAACAGUAGCCUUAUGGUAACCAUGACUUCAGCCAAUAGCAACAAUAAUAACCUCACAAAGCAGGCUAGCAACAGCAGCGGCAAUAGUUCCGCGCUGAAGCCACUCUCGCUGCCGAACAGUACGACCGUGUAUCCAAUGACGAUCACGGCCAACUCGAUCACGCUCCCUUCGGCAACGGGCGUCAGCAUGCAUCCUGCCCUACAGGCGAACAAUCAAAUUACAAACCCCUCCUUGCAUGCACUGUCGCAGGCAUCGGCGGCACUGGUCGCAGCCGCCGCUACCGCCACCCAUGCCCCACCUUCGAUGAGCAUGAGCUCUAGCCACCACAACGUACAGAUGACACUCAACAGCAGCAACAGCAACAAUAAUCUGAGUGCACCAGCAGUCUCUUCGCCAGCCUUGAUCAAUCCGCUCGACCAGCUACUUCAGGGUGGCUGCUCCAGUCUGGUGUCGCAGGCUCAGCUGCAAGCGUUCGUGCACGCGUACAGCAAUGCCGGGCUGGGAGCGGCCAACAGCUUGGCCAACGAGAAUUCGGCCGCUCAGUUGCUUUCGAAGAUACCAAAAUCAUUAACUGUGAUACCACAACAGAAACAAAGAUCCAUGUCCCGCGUUUCGUCCAACGAGGACCAAAACAGUGCCUAGAGAGACAGAUAGACAAACAAAAGGAGAAUGAUGAACACAAAUAGAAUCGGUUUGGUGACAAAAUUCGUGUCAGGUGGAGGGGCCGGAACACAGGGGAAGGAAAACGUGUGUAUUAUAAGCAAAAGAAACAAAUUUAAUAUUAACUUAUAGAGAACGAAUCAUCUCGUACGAAAGCUCCCUUGAACGUUUGUACUGUAGGUAGAUAUAGAGUCAGAAAUCAGAAAUCACCGUUUAAGAAUGAAUUUGGUUGACGAUGAAAUACGAAGGGGAGUAAGUUUGUGUAAAGUACUGAGUGCUCGCUACAAGCAAGGUCAUCUGCUAUUGCUGCUGCUGCUGGAAGGUUGAGAUUUAGGUAGAAAUUACGCAAUUAAAUAUCUUUGAAGUGAGUGAAUGAAUGAAUAUAAUGUUCCUAGAUACUCUG